UAUUCACAAGAAGAGCUCCAGAGGAAAUGCUUCCGGUUUCCUGACCAAUCAGAGGAGACGUUUGUCACUGCUGCGUGGCUGCGUAUAUCCAGAGAGAGGUAACGCGACUGAGCUGUGCAGAAGUGUAGUGUCACAGGUCAGUGAAAUAUGUCACAGCCAGAGACCUUGCUGGAAGAUGGACUCAGAUCAGAGUUUAUGCUCCAGCAGCAGCUAAAGGCUCUCAGAGAAGCCCUCAGAAAGCAGCUGCAGGAGGCACAGAGGAAACAGACAGAGGAGCUGGAGAGGAGGAUUCAUCAGAAUGCUCUGCUGUCAACAGAUGUAGUCAAAGGGGCCGGUGAUAAGAUUGACGUGAACCCUCACAUCAAAGAUGAUGGACCAAGGGGAUCGACACUUGCACAUCAAAAGACUUUGCACCAUCAAGGACUCUCAGAGAAGCCUUACUCAUCUCCCCCAGCCUUGGUAUCUUCAGAAAACUGGAAAACUGUUUCCUCUAGGCCUUCCACACUUACACCUUCACAUUUAAGGAAAGAGAGGGAGGCUGAGGCUGAGUGUCAAAAGAAGUUCUGUGCUCUCUCAGUCCCCGGCCACAUCACUCAGCCUCUCUAUCAGGAGAUGAUGGAGCUGAGGGAAAAGGAGAGAAAGCAGGAACAUGAGCAGAGAAGGGACUUCCUGCUUACUACUCAAAAACCCUUCAGCUUCCAGGAGAAGGAGAAGGAGAAGAAAGAAAAACUGCUAGCUAUGUUAAACCUGGUCUCACAGGAUCAGAAAAACAAGGUUUCUACUGUGAGGAAACCUCCAAACAAAGACUUGUCACACUCUGAACGGAAAGAUCAGGAUCUCAGAAAACAACUCACUGCUCUAACAACAGUCCGUCAGGAGAAUCCUGCUGUGUCUGGCAACCCCAAACUUCGCACUGCUGACCGCACCAGAAAAGAAAAGUUGCGAUUCCUGGAUGAGAAGCCUAGCUUCCAGCCCAAGAUCAACCCUCAGGUCCCUGACUUCAGCAGGCUGCACAGAGCCUUGCAGACAGAGAGGCUGAGAAAAACGCAGAGCAAAGAUGGGAUAAAAUGCCAGCCUUUUCAUCUGAGGACAUCUGCCAGGGGAAGCAAGAUGAGCACUGAGACCUCCCAGCCUCCUGCACAGAUACCAAGAACAAGUAACCUCUGUAGAAGCAAGUCAGUGGGGGCCUUAACAUCACUGUCCACAGACACACUCCCCACAUUCAUCACAGAUGCUGCCAGGAAGCGCUGUAUGGCUAUCAGAAAAUCAAUGGAGCUGAGGGAGAGCAAGACUCAGGAGAGUGUGGACUGGUUGAGGAAGUACCAAAUGAGGUCCCAGGCCAUAAGUAAGGCAGUCACUCUUCAUGCAAAGCUGCUGGACCCACACAUCAGCUUAAAAGAAGUGUGUGAUGAUAAACUACAGCAGCAUUGGCACGCUGACCAACAAAGGAUGAGAGAAUACACGAGGGAGUUACGGGACAUGAAGGCACGCGUCAGCGAACGCCCUUAUCUGUUUGAACGGGUGACUCAGAAAAAUGCAAAAGCUCAUGCAGAGCAGACGUACAGGAACAAGCUGAAGAAAGCUGGAUUAAAGGAGCAGUUUGUUAAGGAAAAAGGAGAGACAACAUCAUCCAUAUCCUGGGAAGAAACAGAUGAGAAAGACAUUAAGAUCAGGGAUGAAAAUGUAGACGACGGAAAGAAAAUUGAAGAUGUGGAUGAGAAGAGCGUGAAGUCCAAAGAAGAAAUGCCAUGAUCAAAGAGGGUUUAGGCGGCACUGAGUUUUUUGUGGCCUCCCCGCUAGAAAACAACACUGUCCUCAGAAAUGAUUCAUGUCACGGCUGACUGUCCGCAGCAAGCGUUUGGUAGUUUAAGACUUCCAACUAUAAAUUAUGAAAUUAUAAAACAAUCUGGACUUUACAAUUACAAAUGUUUGGCAGUAUGACUUAAGGGAGAAAAGUUUAUAGAUCUAUAUGUUUUUAUGGGUAGUAAAUAUUUUAUAUGUUCUUGAGUUUUAUAGAUACACGUAUAUAGACAUAAACAUAUAGACUUAUGUAGGAUCUGCAUGACAUUUAAGCUGAAUAAAUUCAAAAUAAAAAAAGCUUCCUUGGGUUUAUGGCCACAGUUUUUCUAAAGAAUAUAAACUCUGUAAUUUAGGAAAUUAUGAUACUUGGUUACCAGAAUAAACAGUUCAACAACAACGUGACAUUA